GAGUAAUAGACACACGGCAGCAGCGCACUUUACUUCCAUCAGCUAUAAUAAAGGGCCGAAGAGGGGCCCACCUUUUCAAGAUACACACAAUCAUCAAUCGUCGCUCUCUCAGAUUCUCUUCUCCGGAGCGAUCAGAUUCACCGACGAGACCAUCCACCACCUCCUCCGAUUCAAACCAAAAGCUUAUAUACCUACCUACCCCCUACAGUAUAUAUAUAUAUAGAUAUAGAGAGAGAUAGAGAUAGAGAGAGCUCCUCCUCUCAUCCAGUAUUAGGGUUUUAAUAAAGGCACGAAGAAUUCACUCACCACUAGAAGACGGAAAAAAAAAAAAAAAAUGUCGGGUCUCCAUCGAUCAUCAAGUUCAUCGAAGAACAUCGGUAAUUGCCUCCCUUCCAAGGAACUUCUCGAUGAUCUUUGCAGUCGAUUCGUUUUGAACGUCCCUGAAGAAGAUCAACAGUCUUUCGAGAGAAUUCUGUUUCUGGUGGAGUAUGCUUAUUGGUACUAUGAAGAUAAUGCUGUAGAGAAUGAUCCUAAGCUCAAGUCCUUGUCUUUGAAAGAGUUUACUUCUCUCUUAUUCAACAGCUGUGAUGUGUUGAGACCUUAUGUUACUCAUAUUGAUGACAUUUUCAAAGACUUUACUUCUUACAAGUGUCGAGUUCCCGUCACUGGAGCUAUUAUCCUCGAUGAGACAUAUGAACGGUGCUUGUUGGUUAAAGGAUGGAAAGGAUCGAGCUGGAGCUUUCCCCGCGGGAAGAAGAGCAAGGAUGAAGAAGACCAUGCUUGUGCCAUUCGUGAGGUCUUAGAGGAAACUGGAUUUGAUGUCUCAAAGCUACUCAAGAAAGAAGAAUAUAUAGAGUUUGUAUUCAGGCAGCAAAGAGUACGACUAUACAUAGUUGCUGGGGUGACAGAGGAUACACUUUUUGCACCACAAACAAAGAAGGAAAUCAGUGAAAUUGCAUGGCACCGGCUUGAUCAUCUACAGCCAGCAAGUAAUGAGGUGAUAACUCAUGGAGUUUCUGGUCUCAAACUGUACAUGGUGGCACCUUUUCUUUCGUCGUUGAAGUCGUGGAUAAUAAAACAUCCGUCACCUGUAGCACGAAGACCUAACAAGCCCCUUAAAGCACUCUGCGUGUGGAAUGCAAGGACUAGUGUUGGAGGGAACGGGACAGCAACAGUGGAAAGCCACAAUAGGAAACCUGAAGUCAAGACAACAACAAUAGAAAGCCACAGUAGAAAAGCUGAACUCAAGACAACAACAACAAUGGAAAGCCACAAUACAAAGCCUGAAUUCAGGACAGCCUCAAUGGAAAGCCACAAUACAAAGCCUGAAGUCGACCAUCCUCAGGACAUAGUACCUGAAAGCAGUUUCAGAAGCUUCAAGUUCGACAUGUCAGCUAUCAGACAGGCGAUGGAAUCUGAUUUUUCAGCUUGACUGGUCAGUCAGUCUCAUAUAUGGGUUGGAUUGGUAUUGGGAGUUAUGAUGCGGUUGGACUGGUAUUGUGGUUUAUGAUGCGGUUGGAUUGGUGGGUUUGUCUAUAGCAAAACCGUUGGAUAUGUUCAUACGCUUGUACCUUUUUCUAUUUCUUCGGUAUUUGGUUUUAUGUCAUUUGUUUCUUCUAGAAUGAAAGGGUUGUUGUAAAUGAUGGAUAGUUGGAGAGUUGUGAAUCCUUUUGGAUCAUGGAUGACAAUGGUUGCGACCAGCUAUAUAGGUUAAAGGAGUUUCUUACCCAAGUAGUGAA